AUGAAAUACGGUGAACAUUUCGAAGAAGAGUCGGUUCCAAGCUGGAGUUUGCACAACAUCGACUAUAACUCGUUGAAGCACCAGAUUAAGACGCACACGACCAAAGACCAGGCUACAGCUAUUGCGAUACCGGGUCAACAAGACCAUGCAUUGAAGAGAUUUGAAGAUGCCUUCUACAUCGAACUCUGCAAUCAACACAACCGGGUCGGUCUCUUUGUCACGAGCAAAGCCGACGAGAUCUCAAGACGACUACAUCACCUCUCCGACUCGGUACACCAACUUAUAAUACGAUGCGAUAAGGCCGGCGGCGUAUCUCCUAAGCGGCAACGACGGUUCGCCAAGUAUGCGCUACAAGUGGACGAAUGCGAAGACGACAUCAAGGCAUUGAGUCGCUUUGUUAACGCCCAAGUCAUCGCAUUCCGCAAGAUUCUUAAGAAGUACAGGAAAUGGACUGGUUCGACGAGCUUAAGUAGCCGAUUUAAAGAGAACGUCCUUACCUCACCUAAGAGUUUUACGAAACGCGACUUCCACCCCGUUCGAUUACAACAUCGAGAAGUACUCGCAACAUUAGAAGCUGCUACCCCCGACAUAAACUACCUCCAAGCCGAGCGACAAAGAGCUAAAAUUCAAUACGAAUCACAAAACGGAAGUCGCCGAUCGUCGCAGACACACCUUCCGAAACCUGCAUCGGUAAGCACGCCCGGGGGCUCAUCGAUGACGUAUUGGAACGAGUACGAGCACGGCAGCGAAGCCGGCGGUAAUGAUGACGAGGGCUAUGCUUUAUACAUCGACCCCAAUGCCAGCGCGGACUUUCCGGGAUUUGUCUAUAUUAAGCACAUGUUCACUGCGCCGGUAGAUACGGUUCGACAUUGGCUGAAAGCACGCACGCCGAAUCCGUACCCGUCCGAAACACAAUCGCUUCUAAGCGGUAGCCAACCCGCCGAUUACUUCAGUGCUCGACCUUCCCCUACGGCACAAACGACCGAUAAUGAGGCGACUGAAGAUGAGUACGCGUCGUCGCUAAACUCUAGUGUAGGCCGUCGGAACAAAGCGCGGUAUGCGGCACUGCCGGCUACAGAGGAAGAUCAGGGUUAUCAAAUAGCGCUAUACCGUGAUAAGAUGCUAACACGAACCGUUAUCGUCUCCUUCGUCGUUGCGUUCGUUCUCCUGGUUAUAUCCGGUGUAUUGAUCGCAACGGGUCGGCAUAAGCUGCGACUCGAGGUGGACGCUGGCGUUACGGUCGGAUCGGUCGCAAGUUUGUUCUGCGUUUGUAUGGGCCUCGGCGCCAUGCUAUACCGACAAUACCCUGCCGGUUACUUAUACAGUCUCGCAGUCUGGGCUGCUUUUGUGGCUGUGUGCGCCCUUAACGGCAUGUUACUCGUUCUCGUCGUGGGAACCAACGGAAUAUGA